CUUUUUCCAGAUGGAGGCUGCAUCUUCAAGGCAGACCCAAACGGUCAAAUUCCAAAACUCCAAAUCCCAACCAAAUGGUCCGGCUCAGACGCACGGGACAGCUUCUGGGGCAGGACCCAACAGUCAGGAAUCAGGAUUCACGGAAUCUCAAACCCACCCAAAUGGUCGGCUCAAGCGCACAGCGUCGAGAUAUUGUUCCUUUUCUCUAUUAACACAGCUACUCCCCUGAUAUCGCGUUUGUCGUUCUCCACUUCGACUGACCUCCAAGAUGGAUACCUCACAGACAACAACCGACACAUCCAAUCGAUUUGCCCUCAUUACGCACGAAAACAUUUCUGGAUACCUUUGGAUCGCAAGUAUUCUUUGCCCCAUCUAUGCAUUCCUUGUCAUCUUCAUACGGUGGCACAUUAAAUGGAAUUUAUAUGGUUUGGAUGAUGCGACAGCAACUUUGGCAACAUUUCUGCAACUAGGAGGAUGUAUCCCACUGUUCCUCGCGAUGAAUCAUGGAUUGGGGAAAAGUGACCGUCUCGUCGACGCUGCAGUGAUAGACGAGGCUGGAAAAACAACCUUUAUUGCCCAGAUCUUUCUCCUUGCCUCCCUAGCUACGGCUAAAUGCUCCGUUGCGUAUCUACUGCUUCGUCUGUUUACACGGGACCUGGAAGUCACCCGGAAACCCUGGCUACUAUGCAAUGGCACACUGGCCCUCACGAUUGUAUGGGGAAUAGGGUCUAUUAUUGCUAUAUCCGCUGGAUGCCAACCCUCUGCCUUGCUUCAGGACGGUAGCCUCAGCCAUUGCAGCAACCAGCUGACGCGUUGGCGAGUCAUCACCUGCUUCGAUAUUUUCAUCGAGCUCCUCCUCAUCCUUCUCCCAGUUUUCUUUAUUUGGCCGAUCCAAAUGAAGCGGUACAUCAAGGUCCAAGUUGUGAUCGCCUUCGGACUUCGAGCACCCGUUAUUGUAUUCACUGCAACACGUCUACAUUAUAUCACUUCAUACACGAAUAGCACGAACACACGAUAUUCAAUAAUCCCUGCUCUGGCAUACCUGCAACUUGAGGUAUUCUGGGCACUGCUAGCGGCAACCAUUCCUACUUUGAAGGCGUUCAUGAGGUCAUUUAAUUCCGGGUUUGGAAUGGAAAUUGAUCUCGACGGGUAUGGCUCCGUCUCUGGAUAUCAUCAAGGAAGCAUUCCGUUGCAGAGUCUUUCAAAGUCAAACACACGUCACGGGACUUCACCCUCGAGAUUCGGCCGGAAAACGCGAGAAGACAGUUCCGCGUUGGAUGAUACCAGGGAGGAAGUCUCGAAGCUUGUGGGAAGCAGUAUCCGACCCGACAAUGUUGGUACCCAGACUUCAAUCUAUCACCCGGAAAGAGCCAAGGGAGCAAAUAGUGUUGGGAGUGACGGAAGCCAGGAGAUGAUAAUCAAAAGAGAAGUGCAGUGGACGGUAUGGCACGAGGAGUCGAAACCAUGAGGAAGGGCACAAAGCGACGGGAUCGGAUCAGAAUCGGAGGGUUCGUCGGCU